AUGCUAGAUUCGGGCGCUUCACACUAUAUAACGCCAAACCGUCACGCUUUCAUCGAAUAUUCCCUAUGCAGAGUCCCCGUGAAGGCUGCAAAUGGGAAACGCUUCUAUACUCAGGGCCUAGGCACCGUCAAUCUGACCACGCUCGGCAAGGACGGCCAGAUCAUCAGUUCUAUUAUCUUGAAGAACGUCUGGCACGCCGAGGACCUCGAGAAUUCCCUCAUAUCGUGUCGCACCAUGUUCCGCGACGAUGGCAUUGCCUGCACGCUCUCUGACUAUGCAACCCUUACAAAGGUUAGCUCCGGUGAGGUCGUGGGCUAUGGAGACGCCGACAAUGAUCUUUACUGGUUGCGAACUGAUUCGAAGCACCAAUUGGAGACCUUCUAUGCUUCCGCAACCUUCACGACGUCCGCCACGGCUUCAGUGGUGCGAGCCAUGCCUAUGGAGGUUAAACCUAUCUCUAUGGACCUCGCACAUCGACGUUUCUGUCAUGCAGGCGAGCAGCGCGUUCGCCGCAUGCCUGCCUUCGCGGAAGGCAUCAAAUUGAUCAAAGGCUCCGCCCUGAAGACUCCAUGUCCUCCAUGCCUCGCUGGCAAAGGUCACCAACUUCCGUAUGGCGACAACAAAUCCAUCCGCGUCCGUCCAGGCGACUCUCUGCAUAUUGACGUCUGGGGACCUAUUUCCAUUGCCACCAAGGAAGGCGAGACCUAUUUUAUGUCUAUCACCGAUGAGGCGUCCCGUUUCUGCUGGAUCUUCCUUAUGAAGGCCCGUACGGACGUCGUCAAAUGCUACCAGGUCGUCGAAAGCUACCUUCUUACCCAGUUUGGCUACCAAGUUAAGUCAGUGCAUGGAGAUUGGGCCAAGGAAUUUAUCGGUCCAUUGCAAGCCUAUCUUAAGUCCAAGGGGACUACCUGGGAUGCCUCACCGCCGUAUGCCUAUCAAUUGAAUGGCAUCUCCGAGAUCAAAAACCGCUGGCUCGUCGAACCACUUGUUGCGGUGCUCACCGAGCACCAGCUGCCGCGAUAUCUAUGGGGAGAACUCAUUCAGGGCGUCAACUACACCCUUAACCGUCUAUGGCAUUCCAAGAUAGAAAUGACUCCGUACGAGGCACUGCAUGGACGCUAUCAAGCCUGGUAUCUCAUUCCCUCGCAGCGCCGUGAAACCAAGCUUCAUCCACACAUGGCCGAAGCCCGCCUGCUUGCUUACCAGACCGAUGGUAUUUACCGUCUGUAUGACAUCAAAACCAAGAAGAUCGUCAUCUCUCGCGAUGUCAUCUUCCAGGAAUUGCCACCCACUGAUCUGCCGAAGCCGUCGUAUGAUCUGGAUGCAAUCCACAAGCCCUCGCCUGAUCAGGCUAUGAAUAUGGACGAGAUGGAGCGCCAGCGACGUCGCUUCGCCCCUGCUGAGUUUCUUCCAUUUGCCGACGAUUAUCAUACUGACCAAACCUUCGAUAUCGACCAAAUUGAAGGCUUCGCGGAACACUAG